GUCCGUCGCGAUCCGCUUGAUCCCGUGAUUCCUGGGUCACUCGUUUUCCGACCUCUGCUUUGAGCUGAAUGUUUUCGGGUCCGAGAGAAAUGCGGUGUGCCCGUGUCUUGUUUUUCGCUUUGCUUACGUGUCUUGAACUGAGGUGUUUCGUCGCAGGGGCGGCGGGUGGUGGCCCGGCGUAGAGCGCCUGAGCCUCGCGGAAGCCGAAUCGGAAUGCGCCGGUGCCUUUGUCUGCUUGUAAUGCCGUUCUUCGUUUGAGCUAGGAGGUGUGCUGUCUGUGUGAGAUUUGGCUCGGCUGCCUCGGCGGGUUAGUGCGAGAGCGCCGUUUGUUUGUUUUUUUUCGAGUUGAUGAUGUGUGUUGAGGAUGAGGGAUUUAUGCAUAUGGACUCCAAAGAGAGCGAGUUAACUUCGGUGAACCGUGGGAAGCUGCUGCAUGACAAUGGGGAUUUGAACAGUAGAAGUGAUUUGCUGGCGUCGACGGGUGGUAAGCAACGGGACGGUACUAAGAAGAGAAAGCAUUAUGAGAUUGUUGAUCAAGACUCGGUAAACUUGGACCAAAAGAAGGACGAGAGAACUGUAAGUUCAGCCGAUGAUGAGAAGGGAUGUGUGGUUGCUCAAUCGGGUUCUCAGACAUCGUUUAAUGAUGACGACGACAAUGUAAUGAUUCUGGAUAGAAAGGUGUUUAAUGAAGAGGUGUUGUCUCGUUUUAAGAGGAAACACUCGCCAUUUUUGGGUAUGCUUAAAUGGUUGACUAAAUUUGCCAAAGAUCCAUGCGCUUCAGGAUUAGGUGCUUUGCCAGAGAAGUCAAAAUGGAAGUCUUAUGGGAAUGAAGUAUUGUGGAAGCAGGUGUUGUUGGCACGUGAAGCUAUGAUCCAUAGACAAGACGGUGGCAAGGACAUGGGACCUGUAACUUGGCAGGUAGACUAUCAUCCCACGGUUUGUUUGAUCUCGAUAAGCUAUUCGACUAAAAAUCAGAAGACGGAUCUACGCAUGUAUGAUGAUAAUAUUGGAUCCAGCUACAAUCUCAGGGAGAGAUCAAAAAGCAACCAGAAGGUUUCGCCUGGAGAACAGUUAACGCACGGUCAAGCCUUUUCUGAGUCAUUCUCCUCCAGUGGUCAAAGUAACGUGGACAAAAGUCCUAGUACAUGCAUGGCAAGGAUGGGAAAUAAUGCCGGUGAAGAUGUUACAUCUAAUUCUUCGACUGUAGAUUUAUUGUUUCGGGAUUAUAAUCUUCAAAAAGUUCCAUUGGGUUCUCAAUAUCAGGCUGCAGUACCUGUCUGGAAUGGGAUUUCCUCUGAAAUUGACUCUAAAUGGUUGGGGACCAAGGUUUGGCCACUCAAUGAAGCAGAGAAAAGAAUUAUUAUUGAAAGGGAUCCUAUUGGAAAGGGAAGACAAAAUACAUGCGGCUGCCCGGUUCUGGGUUCCACAGAGUGCGUCAGAUUUCACAUCGCUGAGAAAAGGUUAAAAUUGAAAAUUGAACUGGGCUCAGCAUUUUACCGGUGGAAAUUUCAUAAAAUGGGAGAGGAAGUAAGACUUUCUUGGACAGAAGAAGAACGGAAUAAGUUUGCAACCAUUAUGAAGAUGAAUUCCCUAUCACAGGAUAAGUGUUUCUGGGACCAGAUAUUUAGAGUUUUUCCAAGAAAAAGCAGGGAGGAGUUGGUAAGCUACUACUUUAAUGUCUUUCUUCUGCAACGACGAGGAUGCCAGAACAGGGUUUCUCCAAAUGACAUUAACAGUGAUGAUGAUGAGGCAGAAACUAAUCUAGCAGUUAAAUGGGGUGGUCGUCACGAAACUAAAUCCACAAGCUCCAUAUUUUAUUCUCCCACAAAGUCACAUGCUAAUAGCAAAAAGUGACUUGAUAGAACGCGAGUAGGUGAUAUGCCAAGAAAUGUAAAUUCUGGGAGUAUCCUCUGUUGGUGCCUCUCUCAAAUCCGUGUUUCCAAAAGAAUUCUUAGCUGAUCAGCAUGGAAUUUGCUUAGAAAGUGAAAUGUCUUGGUGUUCAUAAGUGAGCACUGUUUUGGAUAUUUGAUGGAUUGGAUCAUCGGCUAUGGUAGAUGUUGCCAUCAGAAGGUAGCUUUUGGCUGUAGAAGCUGCAGUACUGUCCAAGUGCUUUUGGCCCAUGUACCUUCAGUUUUUGAGAUACACACCAAGUUGCUUUAUGUUGACAACCAACAUCUAAGACAGGUAUUUUGUUUUUCGGUUAGCCGUGGUACCUCAACUUUUCCUUUCUAGUCACCUGAUUUAGCGAGUUGCCAGAGUCCAUAGUAAAGCCAGGCGAUGAAAUGGAUGCUGAUUUUGCAGCACAAUUUAGCAACUAGAGAAACUUGUUGAGAUUGUUUGACCAUUGAAAUGGCUUCAUCAAUUUUGUGAUAUAAUCUUAGGACUGCUUACACAUUUGUUGGUAUGUUUGGGCAUGUCAGUGCAAAUACUCACUUGUGAAAGACAAAAUUGAUUGGACUAUGAAAAUUUGAAAUUACUGCUAGUUAUUGUCUUCUAA